AUGGCACUCUCGAGAAAGGAACGACUGCAGCUCGCAGCUAUUGAUCCCGAGCUGGAAGUUCUGCCUGAUCCAGAUAGUGGCGUUGCGGAGCGUGACAUCUAUUACACUGCAAGAGAUGGCCACAAAUUGCGCGCUCACGUCUACGAGCCAGCGAAAAGGACUGAGUCAGCUCCUCCAUUAGUUGUUUACAUACAUGGUGGUGGCUGGACUAUUGGAUCUCCAGAAGAUGCUCAGCGCUCGUGUCGUGAUAUUGUACAAAAGCUGGGGGUCGUUUGUCUGGCGCCUUCUUAUCGUCAAGGACCUGAAGACCCAUUUCCAGCUGGCAUAAACGAUAUCUGGGACGGCUUGAAAUGGAUUGCUGCGAAUGCAGAGUCUGAACUGAGAGUCUCACUGUCCAAGGGGUUUAUCAUCGGUGGUUCGUCAGCUGGAGGAAACAUGGCUGCGAUAGCCAGCCAUCUGGCCCGAGAUGAGAAGCUGACUCCUGCGAUAACUGGCGUCUUUCUUCUCGCUCCGAUGAUAUUGCCACCAGAGAAGGAAGAUGUACUGCCUGAGAAGUACAAGGACCUUUAUAUGUCUCGGACUCAAGCUGAGUGCACGGACGACCCUAUUCUCACCCCAGCUUUGGACAAAAUCUUUCACGAUUCUGCGGCUGGAGAUGUAUCUUCGCCUCUCUUUGUCCCAUUCAUCUGGCCAACGGGUCACCACGACUUACCCAGAACGUAUUUCCAAAUUUGUGGAAUGGAUGUCCUUCGUGACGAGGCUUUGAUCUUCGAGCAAGUGUUGCGCGACGACCACGGAAUUGAGACUCGGCUGGAUAUUUAUGCUGGCAUGCCUCAUAUCUUCUGGGGCUCUUUUGCACAUUUAAGCCAAGGGAGGAAAGCAGCUGUAGAUCUUGUUGAAGGUAUCAAGUGGCUUCUGAAGUGA